AUGGGUCAUCGUUGUGCUGCUGAAAUUGCUCGACAAACAAAGAUCCCCGUACGUACUAUCCAGUAUAAUUUGGCGAAGAUUCGGAAAGAAGGUAGUGUGGAACAUCGACGUGGUAAUGGACGACCUCGAAAGAUCUCAGCUGAAGAUAAUGUUGCAAUUGGUCAAUGGAUUCGACGAAAUAAUGAAAUUACAUCCACGGAAAUUGUCGAAAAACUUCAAAAAACCAAAAAUUUAAACGUAUCACGAUGGACAGUGCGGCGUCAGCUUUAUCGAUUAGGUUAUAAAAAUGUUUUACCUCGAGGAACUCCAAUGUUGACCAAUGAACAAAAAGACAGACGUGUUCAAUGGGCUUUGGUACACAAGAAUGAUGAUUGGAGUCGUACGGUAUUCUCUGACGAAACAUCUUAUCAAUUAUUCAGAAACACGAUUCGUCGUUGGUCAAAAUAUGCUGAUAAAGAAAUUAAAAAAAUUCCAAAGAAUAAACAAAAAAUUAUGGUAUGGGAUGCUUUUAGUAUCAAAGGUCAAAUAUCAUGUCAUUCUUUUCGAACAAUUAUGGAUAGUCGUCUUUAUGUUGAAAUACUUCAAAAACAUCUUAUUGGUGGUGCAAGGAAGCAAUUUGGAGGUCGAUGGAGAUAUCAGCAGGACAACGACCCCAAGCACACCAGUUGA